GAACUAAACCUGGUUCUGGUAAAAACUCAUGAACCGGUUUAGUCCCGGAUUCGACACCGGGGAAAUAAAACGCAAAAAAAAGUUAACCGGAAGAAAAAUAAGAACGGAAAACGAAGGUGUAGGUUCGGAGCCCGGGGGAGAGGAUCCAGAACCCGGAGGUCCGGGUCCAGGAGGAGGAGGCGUGUGUCCUCAUGUAGCUCCGCCAGGUCAUGUAAGGACACGCGCGGCCAACCGUGUCUGAAACCAGUCCCCGGGUCGGUUUAACAGCGGGUAACCCCACGGUUCGACCGCCGGUCCGUGGACAGACGCAUCCCGUUCACACGGGGCCACCGUGGGCCGGAUCCCGCCCUAAAAACGCCUAAAAACAACAGUUUGUUCGAAUACGGGAGCGCCGAGUCGCCGCGGAAUGACGUCAUCGCGUAUCACCGACUGAUGACGCCGUGUGAUCAUUAAAAAUCUGCCGUUAAAAAAUAUCCGAGAAUUGGGUCAAAGCGGAACCGCGGCACUGGCGGAACCCAGGACAACGGCCGGCCUCCGGGGAUACGAGCAGACGAAGCACCGAGCGGAACACAAAGGGACCGGUUCGGCCGCGGAGGGACGAGUCCGGCGGAUCCAGCAUCUGCGGCCGUUAGACCGGUCCGUCCGCCGGGAUCCAGACCCCGCACCAUCGAACCGCUCCGCCGCCUAGUCCCGGCCGGACUGGGGCUCAGGCUCAGCCGCCGACGGAAACGCACCGGUGUGUCCCACCUGGAGGUUCCGCCGCCCAAACCCAGGAAAUCCUUCCGCCGCCUCGUCCCUCAGCCUGGCGGCAACACGGCGCACGUUCAGCCCCGAACCAAUCAGCUGAAGCUUCCAAACCUGCAGUAUGUGAUGUCAUCACGGCGUCCGAAUCCUGAGUAGAAGAAAAACGCCGCCUGGUUUCACGAUGUCAAGCCGCCGUAAGUCGACCACGCCCUGCAUGGUCCUGCCCUCCGACGUGGAGGAGGCGGAGCCGACGGACAGGCCGGAGGAGGAGCAGGAGGAGGAGGAGGAGGGGAGGACGAAGGAGGCAGAGGAGGAGGCGCUGGUGGGGGAGGAGCUGAGCCAGGCUGUGGUGGUGGUCCCGACCCCCCCAGACACAGAUGAACCCAGUGUCUCCGCCGUAGACGACGCUGACAUGAACUGUCCAUCACUGACACGCAGUCACAUGACCCCCCCCGACGAGUCGCACGGUGACCAGCCCGGCCUCGAGCUGCCGUGCGACGCCCCCGAGGAGGGAGGGGCCGACCCCACAAAUGUCGCCGCCAUCUCCCUCAGCAAGACUCCCAUCAUGAGGAUGAAAACCAAGGCGGAGCCUAAGAGGAUUGCCGUGUCGCUGAAGUCUGCGGACGAGGCGGUGGAGGGAUACGGCGGAGGCAGUGAAGGGGAGGUGGGCGGGGAACAGGAGCCCAUCGAGGCCCCCCUGGGGCCCAUGACGCCCGUGGAGAUGCUCCUGCACGACUCCAUGAAGCUUGGAGGAGGAGGAGGUCUGCUGGUCGGCCAACACUCAGAGCAGCCACGCAAGUCAUCUAUCCUAAACCCAUCGGUUCUACCUGCAGGACUCGCACAGGUGCUGUCGGCCUUCCAGGCCCAGCAGAGCGCUGCGGCGGCAGUCCAACCCCAGCUCCUGAUCCCUCUGAGCAGCAUCCCGUCGUACAGCGCCGCCAUGGACACCAACCCCUUGCUGGGCAGCACCUACAAGAAGUUCCCGUACCCGUCCAUGGCAGAGAUCAGCAGCCUGGCAGCGCAGACCCAGUUCACAGAGGAGCAGAUCAAGGUGUGGUUCUCCGCUCAGCGGCUGAAGCACGGCGUGAGCUGGACGCCCGAGGAGGUGGAGGAGGCUCGGAGGAAGCAGUUCAAUGGAACGGUUCACACGGUGCCUCAGACCAUCACUGUCAUCCCUGCGCAUCAGCUGUCGGCCGCCGCCAACGGCCUGCAGUCCAUCCUGCAGACCUGCCAGAUCGUGGGCCAGCCCGGCCUGGUCUUCACUCAGGUGGGCCCAGGCGGGAACCUUCCAGUGACCACGCCCAUCACGCUGACAGUGGCGGGGCUGCCCAGCCAAUCACAGAGCUCCAGCAGAGUCUCCUGCCAGCCCACGGCAUCGAGCAGCGAACUGAAACGGGCGACCACUGUCCAACCACCGUCUCUGUCUCCACAGGAGAACUCGGCCCUGAGCGCUGAUAGCUUCGCCAUGAGGCCUAAGAAGUCCAAAGAGCAGCUGGCGGAGCUGAAGGCCAGUUACCUGAAGAACCACUUCGUCAGCGACGCUGAAAUUGCGCGUUUGAUGAAACUGACGAACCUGACGAAGGGAGAGAUCAAGAAGUGGUUCAGCGACACCAGGUACAACCAACGCAACUCCAAGAACAGCCACGUCAUUGUGUUCCAUGAUGGGGGGGUCAGAGGAGGCGGAGCCUGCAGCAGCAGCGCCAGCACCACCAUUGUUAUCGACUCCAGUGAUGAGACCCCCGUGUCCCCCCACCCACCGCGAACCCCCCCGGUGAAGGAGAAGGAGUCACGGCCCAAAACCUGGAACCCGUUCCCAGACUUCACUCUGCAGAAGUUUAAGGAGAAGACGCCAGAGCAGCUGGUGGUGUUGGAGGAGAGCUUCGAGAAGAGUGGCACACCGUCGGACGAGGAACUGAGCCGCCUGCGGACCGAGACCAAACUGACGCGACGGGAGAUCGACGCCUGGUUCACCGAGAGGAGGAAGAUGCCCUCUGCCAACGCCUCCUCCCCUGAGUCCUCUGAGGGAGGGAAGAUGGAGGCGGGAGACGGGGGAGGACCCACCACCUCGCCCUCGGCCUCCUCUCGAAAAGGCAGCCAGACUCCGCCCGGCGGCCGCGGUCGUCCCCCACCUGUUGCCAGUGGCGCUAGCAAAGACCUCAAGGAUAAAAGUAAGAAGUCACCAGAGCAGCUCCACAUUCUGAAAAGUGCCUUCGUCCGAACGCAGUGGCCGACGCCAGAGGAGUACGACCAGCUCGCCGAGGAGAGCGGCCUCCCACGCUCGUACAUCGUCAGCUGGUUCGGUGACUCGCGGUACUCUUGGAAGAACGGGAACCUCAAAUGGUUCUUCCAGUACCAAAGCGGGAACAUGGAGGGGCAGGGUGGCGGAGGGGGCAUUAAAAUGGGAGGCGGUCGUAAAAGACGUGGCCGGAAUCGCGGCUGGGGGCGUUCCCGAACACGUAAGCAGCCGAGGCGGUCUGCCUCCACCAACGCAGACACUGACAGAUCUCCACCAGUGAAGAAAUACAAGAGUGGAAGGGAGAUUCUGAAGGAAUACUACCUGAAGUACCGCUUCCUCAACGAGCAGGACCUGGACGAGCUCGUUACCAAGACCAACAUGAGCUACGAACAGGUGAGGGAGUGGUUCGCCGAGGUCCAGCGGCGCGUGGACAUGGGCGGUGAUCCCUUCCAGGAGGCAAGGGGGCGGGCGAUCGGAGAUGAAGGCGAAGACAACGAUGGAGAUGAUCCGCAGGAGGAGGCAUCGACCGCCAGCGAGGAGCAGAGCGGCACUGGGAUGGGAGAUGACAAUGAGGAGGAUGACGAUGGUGACGACACUGAUGACAGUGAGGUUUGGGAACCGUCACGUAGCGUCCGAAAGUCACUGUCGGUGUCCGAAGACUAGAGAUGGAAGACUGAGGUCACAGGAUGUGGUUGAUGCUGGAAAACUUUUAGCUUAACCAAGAUUUUUGCCACUGAUGUGCAUGUGUCUUCAUCUGUUCAAACCCGUUUACUGUAUUUUCAGACUGAGAUGAACACGUGGAUUAUUAGCUUUAGUGCAAAUGUACGUUAUGGGAUGGAUGUACUGAGGAACAGCAACAGAUGCAAAUCACAUGAGAAAGACUCGAUGGAAAACACUGCAGAUCUGAAGCAGAAAACCAAACAUUAUUUUAGCUUAAAAAACAGCUGUUGCACAAUUUUGUCAAAGUAAUACCAUGAAGUGCAAUCUUCAACCAGAGUUGAAGAUUUAAACUUUUACCGUAAACCUGCUAAAUGCAGACACAUGGUCGAGGGGUUCACCAACGCUGACUGUUGAAGAGACUCUGGGCGUAUCCAGAGUAAUGGUGCGAUGCUGCAUUUGUUUGACCGUCGUGGACAAAGUCCCAGCUCUGUCCAGACGGCCUGUAGACGACCUGUGUUGGUGACAUUUCCAGGUAUGACGUCCACGUCCACAAGGCUGGACUUUUACAGAUCGGACUCUUUGAACCUGUGGUCUUUUUUUAGCAGCUGUGAGAAUCAUCACAGGAACAGACGUGGAUGUUUGUCGGUUGAACACGUGUUGAACUGAUGCUGAACCUUUGCAGUUUUGUCUCCAGGUCUGAUGUGAUCUGAGACGCGGUACCUUAAUGAUCAGAUGCUUUUCCGUGAUGCAGGAUGUCUACUAAGUCUUCCCUUUCUAGUGGCCCUUUGGUUUCUUUGUUCUCGUUGAUAUUAUGGACUUUGAACUGGACACCGGCAGAUCGGAUGGAAACGAUGGCGCAGUAUGUGAUUAAUAUGCACUGCAUUUAACACUUUGAAAUCCUUUUUAACAUUUUCUAUGAGACAUCCUGUGUUAUUCUCACCUUUUAAAGGUUCCGUAGAUUCAGAUAGAUUAUUGUGCCAAAGUUGAAUGUGUCGUCUUCGGAGCAUGACCCAGUCUGAGGUGAAAGAACACAGCAGGACAUAAACAUGGCCGCCGUGGGUUGGACACGGUCCUCUGGUAAAAACACAUAUUUCACUAUAGAGUUUGUCCAAGAAUUUACUCUUGGCCGACAUCUGGUGGAGUAGAUGGAUGAGAUGCCUGUCCUGUAAAUGUGAAGCUUCAGCCUCCUGCUCCUUAGCUGAGUUCACCUUAGCUUAGCUCACCUUAGUUCAGAGACUGGAAACAGGGGAACAGCCUGGGUCUGUCCAAAGGUCAAACUCACCCAACAAACAUACUCUGAUUAGGAUCUAAGUAUUUUGAGUCAGAAAACCUGUUGAUUAGGGACAAUGUGAUUGACAGGUACUGACCCUGCCUCCUUUAGUAUCUGCAGGUCAGUGUUUGCUUCAUUUGGUCCCGACUUUUAGUUCAAUGGUCAGUAACUGUGGUUCAGAGUCAGACAUAGUGACAGUAAUAAACCUCAACUGAGGAGGAGGAGUGUUCUGGUCGACUGUUGGUGGGGUUCAAACACCCUGACUCUUUUACAGUGAUUGUAAUAGAAUCUAUGUCCUCUUCAAUGGUCCUGGACCAACUGGACCUUUAAAUAUCAACUAUGCAUUUUGACAGAAUUCUGGACGUAUUUAUUUAAACAAUAAAUUAAAUAAAUCGUCUCCAAACUGAUCAACAUCCAGUCCAACCUCAGCCAGUUUUUCUGCUGCAUGUGAGGUCGAUAAUGGUCGAGGUGACCUUUAGGUUAAACCUUUAUAUGACCUUUAGGUGGACCCCCCCCCCCUUUGGAUCGAGCCAGGCUGGAGCUUCCAUCCUGUUCUGUCUCUGAAAUGUCCAAACGUCCAAACUGCUUUAAGAACCUGAUGCAUCUCCAAAGUGAAUCAACUCGUGUUUGAAACGAGGCCUUUGACUCGUAUCUGAAUCAGCACUGUUCGACAGUAUUUUCAAGAAUUAUUUGACUUGAAUCUGCACUGAAUACAAAACAAAAAAAAAACACGUGAAGCACCUACACCAGACUUUAGAAGAUGCACUUUGUCCUCCGGGGUCCUCGGUGGACUGAACCCUGAUUAGGCACCUUAAUCUCUUAUUAAACCAUCAAAUGGCUCUGAGAGACCAAACCUGUUUUAUAUGAAUAACUAAUGAAACCAGUAUUUUGCCUUUUUUUAUCCUUAAUGUUAAUGAUUCAUUGACUUUUCUACAGAUCUUUGUUGGAUGUUGAGGCUCGAACCCAGAACAAUCACCCAGUGCUUUGAGUCACUAAUUGCACAUGAGCCCCUUUUUAAUCUUUGCACCUUUUGAAGAUGUGUUCGAUUGUCAUUUUUAUUUUUUUUGUAUUAUCGGGAAUCGUCCCACAUCUUCCCCUCUGAUCCCCACCCCCCGCCAAUGAUGUGCACAUGUUCUUGUGGAUGUUAGCACUUCCCCGGCGAUGUUGUGUGGCGUCGUAUGCAGGCGGAUCCCGACAGCGCCGCAGGGACUCGUCUACGUGGCGGGAAACGUCGUCAAAGCGAUGCCGAAGUUUUGCAGAUAAACCUUUGUGCCUACGAGGCUCGUACACUUGUUUGAACCAAAUUUCACCAACUCUCACCCGACGCUGAGAGGGAAACGCUUUGGAAUCAGACCAAGUUGUGACGCAUGAUCGAGCUCCACUUUCUUUCUGCUGACGUUAAAAGAUGCCUGAAAACUCUGAAGUCGACUGUGGAAACUUCUACGUCCUUAAAGCUGUUCCUCUGUGUCUCUGAAUUUCAUUGUAUUUUGUCUCCAGGCAUUUGUCACGCGUCUUUGGUUACUGUAAAAAAAAUGUUUCGAUAUUUAACUGAUGUUUUCGCUGCAAGUUAAUGACACCCCCCCCGGUUUGUAGCAUCGUGAUGAGAGGCAGAGCUCCAUGUGUUACAGUUAUGUGACAAGUGCCUGGCAAUGAAAGGUAAGAAAAUGAAAGAAAAUGUGGAAGUAGACCUUUAGUCUGAUAGUGCAUGCAAUAACUCGACUAUCAACGCUUGUGUACAUACGACGACCGGGUCGUCAACCGGUUCAGAGGAACCGAAUCUUCAACAGAACCGACAGAAUUCAGCAUCGAACAGACGAUCGGCCCGGAAGCACAUCAGGGUUUUUCCACCAACCAUGAGGUUGCUUCAUUUACAUUAAAAUAAUGUGAAAUAUCAGAACAAUCACACAUUUGAGUGUUUUCGCAGACGUCUGGAUGAAGACGUUUAGUCUGAACUGAUGUUAAUGUUGAAUGUAACGUUCAUAAAGAUGUUAAAGUAUGAGAAAUCAAAGACUGAUCAGAUUUGAUCUGUACCUUCAUGUAGAAACAGGAUGUUCUUUUAUUUAUUUCAUCAGUUUUUUUCUUCGUUAUCUGUAGGUUUUUGACGAUUCGGACUCAUCUGUGGUUCCUCCGUGUUCUUCAGUGGUUUUAAUGAUCAAUCGUGAUCCGUGUUGAACUCAUGAAUGAAUGUAUCCUCGGCUUCAUUAUGAGUCUGGAAAAACCUGGAAAAGUCCCAGCGUUGACUUGAUUCUUGUCGACUCUGAGGCUACGUUCAGACUGCAGGCAAAUGUGGCCCAAAUCUGAUUUUUUUUUUUGGCCAUGUGACCUCUAUCCGAUCUGUUAAGGCAAAGACACACCAACCCAACUGCCAGUCAUCUCCAGUAAAAGUAGUUCUACUGAUCAGUCUGCUCCUGUCUCCCCAACACAGUCAAAAAAGUGUGAAGAACACAGCAAAUCGACUACUGACUUCAGCGUACAUUCUGCACUUGUGCAAGACGUAAAAUGACAGAACAUCUGUGUAAACCCAGAACUCGCUGUCGUCAGUCAUUGUUGUAAGUGUUCAGUAGUCCAGGAGGGUUGUUGUUGCUGUACUCGAGCAGAUGGUUAAUAAUAAGAAGAUACUGGUGUUGUCAACUCUAGGGCUUCUACUGGUGGAAGAAGAAAGAUGUUGCAGAUGAAAACUAAGGAGAAAUGACACUAUGCUAACAAUGCUAACAGUACUGACUCGAUGGAAUGAAUGAAGUCCAUAGUCAACACUGGCUGUCACUCAUUCAGAUCCGAUCUGAGCAAUGAAUGGACUGUUACAGAAGACAAUAAUAGUGUGCAGUACCUUGACAGAGCUGGAUUUACAUGGAAACUUCUUCACUGAUUCACUAGUCCAGGGCUAUCCCUCCACCAGUCAGACUGGUCCAACUGAACGAUGGGGAGUGGACGAUUACACAUGUUGAAUCAGCCAAAAAAGACUGGAGAUGGAAUUAACGACAGCUGAUCAAACAGAACAUACCAAACAGACUCAUGUCACUGACCGCAACAGACUGACCGACGACGACCAACCAACAAAAAUAGGGUUAAUGUGUCUGCACCUUUAAAGACGGUCUGAACAGAACUAAUCUGACCCAGACCACUUUCAUAUGUGGUCCUAAAUCUGACCCCGACCACUUUCAUAUGCAGUCCUAAAUCUGAUACAGAUCUAAUAUUUUCCAAUGUGACUUCAGUCUGAACGUCCAGGUCGCAUUUAUCCGACCUUUACGUCAUUGAAAUUCAACAAACGUCCCGGUUGUUCGUCCCACUUGUUGGUCGGAGCAGAGGAAAUCUAUAUUUCCUUCUGUAAACGCAGUGUGUGUAUGCAUGGUCUCAUAUUCCAUCAGGACCUCUUUAGUGCAUGUGGGUCACUUCAGGGUCACAUUCAGUUCAGACUCAAAGCUGAUAGAAGUCACAUUUAAUGUGGAAUAUGAACUAACACACAAAAAAAUCAGAUUUCACCCAAAAGUCCAAACUGUGCGUAAAGACCUGCUGUGGGCGGAGCCUUUGUUUCUCGCUCCGUGUCAUCAUUCAUUCGUUCACGUGCACUUCCUGUCGGCUCCAGGUUGGGCUUGGUCCUGUCCAGAACCAGAACCAGACCCCGGUCCUGAACAUGGUGUUCUUUCUUUCCUAGUACGUCUGUUUUGGAUGCUUUUGUAUGUUUGUAUCUAUGGAAGCCGUAUGUUUGGACUCAGAUAUUAGUGAUUGAUCCUGAAACAUGUACAAACGUGUGUUUUUAUUAGACUCAGUUUUAGAUUCAGCCGGUGUUGCCAAAGCGGCUUUUUGGUUUUUUACGUGGAGUUCAACAGGACAUAGAGUCACAACUCCAUAAAAGUACGAGAAAACACCUGGGAUAAAGAGGCUGAAGCUGCCGUUCUCCAUUAGAACCAGGUUUUGCUGUAGAACUGGUGUUCUUCUGUCAGUUCUGAUUCUAUGUCCGACACUUAACCUUGUGCAGUAGAACUAAGAGCUAACGUUGUGGUUUUGGUCGUUUCCUGUCCUAUUAUGCACCCAUGUCAGAGUACCUGUAUCUCCUAUACUUGUCUGCACUCGUUUACGUAUUUAGGGAAUAGUUGGUUGAAUGUUUGCCUCAAAGGUUUUCACUGGACAGCAGAUUUGGGCAUAAACACACCCUGUCAGAAUUGUAAUAUAUAUAAAUGUCAUUUUGUAAAGUCA